CAGAAUCCCUUUGAUUAAUAUAGAGUACACGUUUCCCGAAUGGAGGAAAAGAAAAUGGUUCUGUUGGAGCUGAAUGCGUAUGGGAGAAGGGAGAAGGAGGGUGUGCGGUGGAUUCAGGGCAUUCCAGCUGUUGUAUCCACGUACAAAGAGAGCCGGAAACAAAAGAUGCCGAGGAAACGUCUUCGGAGAGUGCACAGCCAAGUAUCAAUACAGAGGCAAUUAACCUCUGCACAAAUUAUGAAAAUAUAUAGCCGGACUUAAUAUCGUAGCGAGGUUGCAUUAUAAAAUAACGGUUGGAGCUCUGUUUUUAUCCGUCUGGAUUUUGCAAGGGAUUUUUCCCUUGCUAUGCGCUAACGGGAAUGCAAGAAUCAGAGCUGCACACCUCGACUGGCGCGCGUAACCAGCGCGAGUGCAGUGAUCCAGAUGUUGCGCUUCUCUGUUACAUCCAGGCCGAACCCCCCACCAACAAGUCCCUGUCCAGCCUGGUGGUGCAGCUGCUGCAGUUCCAGGAGGAGGUGUUUGGACGACACGUCAGCAACCCCCCUCUCACCAAGCUGCCGAUGAAGAGUUUUCUGGAUUUCAAGUCGGGAGGAGCACUCUGUCACAUCCUGGCUGCGGCCUACAAGUUUAAGAGCGACCAGGGCUGGCGCAGGUUUGACUUCCAGAACCCCUCCCGAAUGGACCGCAAUGUCGAGAUGUUCAUGAACAUUGAGAAAUCCCUGGUGCAAAAUAACUGCCUCAGUCGACCAAUCAUCUAUCUCAGUUCCGAAAUUGAGCCGAAGCUGUUGGGGAAAAUAAAGGACAUCAUAAAACGCCACCAGGGCUCAGUGACUGAGGACAAGGCAACCAGCUCUCAUGUGGUGGUCCCUAUACCAGCAAGCCUGGAGGAGGAGGAGUGGGUGCGUCCAGUGAUGAAGAGGGACAAGCAGGUUCUCCUUCACUGGGGAUAUUCACCUGACAGCUACGACACCUGGAUUCCUGCCAGCGAGGUGGAGGCCGCUGUGGAAGACCCCCCCAGUCCAGAGAAACCCAGGAAGGUGCAUGCCAAGUGGAUCCUGGACCUGGACCAGUUCAACGAAUGGAUGAACGAGGAAGACUAUGAGGUGGGCGAGGGUGGCCCCAGGAGAAAGAGGAUCUCGGCCAAGACCCUGACGGACGAGGUGUCUACGCCGGACGAGCGGCGGGACAGGAAGCCGGGCAGCGCCAAGAAGAGGAAGCGCUCGCCUUCGCCAUCCCCGACCCCGCCCCCCCAGGAGAGUAAGAAGAAGAACACCAAGAAGGGACCUACAGCACCGUACACCAAAUCGAAGCGGGGACACCGGGAGGAGGAGCAGGAGGACCUGACCAAAGAGCUGGACGAGCCCUCGCCUGUGCCUGCGGUGGAGGAGGUCACCCUGCCCAAAGCUGUCAACACUAAGAAAGACUCAGAAUCUACCCCGGUAAAAGGUGGCACUAUGACUGACCUGGAUGAGCAGGAGGAUGAGUCUAUGGAAACAGUGGGGAAGGAGGAAGAGGAAGGCUCCCCCAGCGUAAAGGGAGAGCCAGUGAAGAGCACCGACUUGCAUGAAGACAACGUGACGGAGCAGACCCACCACAUAAUCAUCCCCAGCUAUGCUGCCUGGUUCGAUUACAACAGUGUACACGCAAUAGAGCGCCGGGCCCUCCCAGAGUUCUUCAAUGGGAAGAAUAAAUCCAAGACUCCAGAAAUUUACCUAGCCUACAGGAACUUCAUGAUAGACACGUACCGCCUGAAUCCCCAGGAGUACCUGACUUCCACCGCCUGCCGCAGGAACUUGGCAGGGGAUGUGUGCGCCAUCAUGAGGGUUCAUGCGUUUUUGGAGCAGUGGGGGCUGAUCAACUAUCAGGUGGACGCAGAGAGCCGCCCCACCCCCAUGGGACCGCCCCCAACCUCCCAUUUCCACGUGCUGGCCGACACGCCCUCCAGCCUUGUGCCCCUGCAGCCCAAAACCACACAGGCCCCAGCCUCCCAGCAGAUGCUGACCUUUCCAGAGAAAGUGAAGGAGAAACCGGCGGACCUGCAGAACUUUGGACUGAGGACCGACAUUUACAGCAAGAAGAGCGGGCCUGCCAAGAGUAAGAGUGCCGCCAGUGCCACACGGGAAUGGACAGAACAGGAAACCCUGCUGUUGCUUGAGGCCCUGGAGAUGUACAAGGACGACUGGAACAAGGUGUCGGAGCACGUGGGCAGCCGCACGCAGGACGAGUGCAUCCUGCACUUCCUGCGGCUGCCCAUCGAGGACCCCUACCUGGAGGACAGCUCCGCCUCCCUGGGGCCCCUGGCCUUCCAGCCGGUGCCCUUCAGCCAGGCCGGCAACCCCGUCAUGAGCACCGUGGCCUUCCUGGCGUCCGUGGUGGACCCCCGCGUGGCCUCCGCGGCCGCCAAGUCGGCCCUGGAGGAGUUUUCGCGGAUGAAGGAGGAAGUACCGGCAGCGCUGGUGGAGGCCCACGUCAGGAGGGUGGAAGAUGCAGCUCGGGCCAGCGGGAGGCCCGACCCCCUCUAUGGCCUGGAGGGCAGCGGGAUCGCCGGAACCGACCUGGAGGAGGGCGAGCGGCCAGAAGAGAGUAGUGAGGAGAGCAAGAACGAUGGUCAGCCCAGCGAGGAGCGGCGAGAAAGCAAGGAGAUUAAAGAGGGAGCCAUGGAGGAAGAGGAGAAGCAGGGGGAGAAUGGAAAAAAGGAGGAAGAACGGGGCAGAGAGGGAGAAGGGGAAAGAGAGGGAGAGAAGACCGAUUCCGAAAUGGGUAAUGGAGAGAAGGAGAAAGAAGGGAGAGAGGGGUCAGAGGAGGGGCGGAGGGAAGGAGACGCUGAGGGAGAGCGGAAGGCCAAAGUUGAACGGGACGUUGGGGAGGGGAAUCUGGCCACUGCUGCUGCCUCUGCACUGGCUGCUGCUGCCGUCAAAGCCAAGCACCUGGCUGCUGUGGAGGAGAGGAAAAUUAAGUCUUUGGUGGCUCUGCUGGUGGAGACACAAAUGAAGAAGCUGGAGAUUAAACUAAGACACUUUGAGGAGCUGGAGACCAUCAUGGACAGAGAGAGGGAAGCGCUGGAGUACCAGCGGCAGCAGCUGCUGGCGGACCGGCAGUCCUUCCACAUGGAGCAGCUGAAGUACGCGGAGAUGCGCGCGCGACAGCAGCACUUCCAGCAGAUCCAGCACCAGCAGCACAGCCAGACCCCCCCACAGCACCCCUCCAGCACCCCGCUGGCCCCACCCCCGGGCAUGACGGGGUCCCAGCAGGGCCCCGGCACCCCGGGACCCCCACCAGCCCCCAGCCCCGUGCCGCCCCCCUCCUCCUCCUCCACAGGCUCCGCCCCCUCCGCCCAGGCCGCCGAGCCGCCGGGCCAGGCCCCGCACACCUCCCCCUCCGCCCCCGCAGGCCAGCCCCCCGCCCCCCAGCCCCCCACUGGACACGCACCAGCACUCCACGAUUCCAGUGCACCCCCCGAUGGGCUUCACCCCACCCCACCUGUCCCCACACCACAGUAAGAGAGGGAGAGAGAGAUAGGGAGGAUGGAGAAAGAGAGAGGAUGGAGUGAGAAAUGGAGACAGGAUCUUUUAGUGAUAAACAGUGGCAGAGUAAGUUACAGGAAUAGAAUCUGACUGAGCGAUAUGAUCGACCAGUGAUGUUGUCUGUUUGACUCUAACAAACUUAAAGAGGAAAGAGCAGGAAGUAAUGGAGAUAUGUCAAACUCAUUGCUCCCUGAAAGGAAGGAUCAUCGGGAAACAAAAAAUCUAAACUUAGGACAGAGUACGUGAAAGUAUUAUGUAUGAAAACAUAGUAAAAGACUGCAGGGAAGUGUUCAGGGUUUUUUUGUUUUGUAUUUUUAAUGAACUGCUGCUCUCUUGAAGUCCAUCAGGAAAUGAGAGCUCAUCCCAGUCUCGCUCCUGAAAAAACCCUGCAGCAAUCCUGAACAGCUCUCUUUUGACCAAUCCAAGUGCUGUCAUGUGAUUACAAGCAGUUUUUUUUGCUUCUGUGUUAAUGAAAAGUUUGGUUAAUAUGUGGCCGUGUACAAAUAGAAAAAAGAAACAUCCUCUUGCUAUACAGUUUAGCUAUUACUAUUAAUAACAUAAUCUGCGGCACAGAACUUUCUUCCAGUCUGAUUAACUGUGCUGAAAAACAACAUACAGGAUGCAAGAAAUCUGUGUUUGUGUGGGAGCGGCAUAUUUUAACACACUGAACAGUAUCCUUCAGUCAGUAUUCUGCCGUGCAGUGUUAUGGCACCGGCCCUGUCAUAAAGUGUUCCCUGAAUCUGUCCCCCAUAACCCAACCUUCUGUCUCUCAUAACCCAACCUCUCCCCCAUAACCUAACCUUCCGUCUCUCAUAACCCAACCUGUCCCCCAUAACUCAACCUUCCGGCUCUCAUAACCCAACCUGUCUCCCAUAACUCAACCUUCCGUCUCUCAUAACCCAACCUGUCCCUCGUAAUCCAACCAUCUGUCUCUCAUAACCCAACCUGUCCCUCAAAACCCAACCUUCCAUCUCUUCUGGCGUUGGGAGACAGGCAAAAGGAUGAGUGAUGUGAACUGAUAUCAAAAACCAUAAUGUGCUCCGUCUUGUUACAGGCAGAAACCUGCAUUGAUGUAAUGGAAAGCAGUCAUAAUGCCGUUAGUAUUAUGGGGAGGAGGGUGGGGAAGGGUGUAGCGGGUAUUCAAUUUUUGGCCAACAAAUGUCCAGAAGUAUGUAGUCGGGUUAAAAAUGAAACAGCACUUUGAAUUGUUUUUUUUCCUGAGACUGGAAAAACGAAAUGUUUUUUAAAUAGAAUUCCUGGAACUGAAGAAGCACUUAAAACAGAUACUGAUAAAAAAGUGUUACAAAUCAUAAUGGUGAUUUUGUGUAUUAUAUGAGUUUUUUAUGUUUUGAAAUGGGGCCAGUUGUAACUGCUUGAAGUGGUUGGUCAUUUGUUCCAUUGGGAGAGUGCAAGUUACAUUUGCCUGGUUUCUGUGAACAGACAUUUAGAGAAGGUUUUAGCUGUGCCUGCCUGGGCCAAAGAUACGCCAUUGCAGGAGAUUCUCCUGGAGCAGGGCAAUCUCAGUAUCGCUUUUAGUCAGCAGCAUUGAAUGUAUCCAAAAAAAAAAAACAGGAGCAGUCGACUAUCCAGUGCACCCACAACCAUCCAUAGAUUGUACGAAGUGAGCAGUCCCCAGUUUGGCUCAAGCUGAAAAAACUGCCAACUGAUUGGGUUUUUGAUGUAUAGCUAUGUAAAUGUAAUAGCUAUGUUUCCAUUAAGAUGUAUUUAUGUAACUAUAGGAUGCCAAAUCACAAUUUGCUGUGAUUUCCCUACUGGAAUUGUCACUGUGUGCAUAAAUAUGAAAGACCUUAAAUUUGAUUAAUACUAAUUUGUUAGUUCUAGCAAAUCUGAAUAACUCGUGUUAUAAAGUUAAGGUAAAUGGAAUUGGUAACAGUUUUUACAAAACCUAUCCACUGCAUGUUUGCCUGAAAAAAAAAAAAAAAAAAAUCCACCCUUCUCUCGGCACGUUUUUACGUUUUCGGUGGUGGUUUCACGCUCAACUAGAAGAGUUUUAAGAGCUCUAGGGUACACUAAUUGUCUUUGGCAUCCCAAUGGAAACAGAGAUAGCCAGCAUCCGAACAUGAAAGAGCUCUGGAUUUAGACUAGCCUGCAUCCGAACAUGAAGGAGCUCUGGGUUUAGACUAGCUAGCCUGCAUCCGAACAUGAAGGAGCUCUGGGUUUAGACUAGCUAGCCUGCAUCCGAACAUGAAGGAGCUCUGGGUUUAGACUAGCUAGCCUGCAUCCGAACAUGAAGGAGCUCUGGGUUUAGACUAGCUAGCUGGAUACAUUUGAAACUGUAAUUUAAUCAGUGCUCAAUAAAUUUCAUGAAUUUAAAUUGGAAUAAUUGAAACAUUGAAAUAUUUUCAGAAUGUGACUGAAUAUUCUGUCUUUACAAAGUACAGAUUACCCUGAAACUGCACAGUAAUAUCCGCCUCACAUGGUACAAGGCGCAAUUCUCCUUUUCCGGUCAUACUACAGCUAGUAUUUUAUGGGGCUGCUGUGCUGAAGCUGAUCCACUAAUGGUAAUUAUGUGGAGUAGGAAUGUGUGCGAAUGUUUGUGAAUAACGCAAGUAUGUGACUGAAGUAAAACGUCUGCAUCCAGCUAACAGGAAGUGUUUCCUUAUGAAGGAAAUCAUUUGCAUUUGUGUCAAGGGCAAAAUUAAUCCAGAAAGGUUGAGGGGACUCGUGGUCAAAGCACAGUCAGUGCAGGCAGCCAUUCUGUGCUCGAUUUGUAGAAUGAUCUUUUCAUUGUACGGUUUCCUUUUUAUAUUUCCGACUGUGUUUAUGGUAUUCAAAUAUUAGUACAGUCAGGACAUUACUGUCACUGUUAUAUCUAUGUACCCAUCUUUUAUAUUGCUUUCUUUACAUAAUCAUGUGUAUUCUGAUACCUUUUUUAGGUUUUACGGUAAAUUGUGAACAGUGAGAUUGAUAAUGUGUGUGAGUGCACAUUGUAAUUGAGUUUUCUUGAGAUAUCCUCAUAAACCCAACUGCUUCUUCUGCACAGUGACAGUUUUUAAAUUGGCACACACACACAUGCGCUCAUGCACACGCUCACAUGCACCCACACACACACUCACAUAUGCACACACACACAUGCACUCAUGCGCACGCUCACACACACCCACACACACACAUGCACUCAUGCGCACGCUCACACGCACCCACACACACUCACAUAUGCACACACACACUCAUGCACACGCAUCCACACACACUCACAUAUGCACAGACACACACAUGCACUCAUGCGCACGCUCACACGCACCCACACACACUCACAUAUGCACACACAUGCACUCAUGCACACGCUCACACACACCCACACACACUCACAUAUGCACGGACACACACACGCACUCAUGCGCAUGCUCACACGCACCCACACACACUCACAUAUGCACAGACACACACACGCAUUACUCUGACACCCAGUAUUAGAACCCUUCUCAUGAUGUAUACUCAAAGGAAUGAACGAUUUGGUUUUUCUGUGUCUUUUGUUGUGCGGACCUUGUGAAAAAAAAUGGUUGUGUGUGUUUAUUUUUAUUUAUUGUAUUUUUAUGGCUAACAGUAAGAAUUGAAGCAAUGAGCAGGGACCUCUCUGUCUUAGUGCACUGUUUGCCUCAUCUGCAGUUUGUCAUAUCUAUAAAGAAAAAUUGAAACACUACAAAAAUGAAAUGUUCUUACUUACGUCAAUUGAUUGGGGGAAAACUGCUUAUAAAGUGUUACGACAGUCAAUGGA